CGGCGGAGCGCGCUCGGAGCCGCGGAGCCGCUGCCGGGACGGGAGAGGAUGGGGAGACUGAUCCCAAAGGAGCACGGGGUACCCGGAAGCGCCGCUGAUCUGCACAGACCCCCUUGGCCUGCUACUGCCCCACUGGGAACAGGGAGCUGCAGAGGAGCCGCAUGCUCCAUCCCGGCAUUCUCCAAGCACUGACUCCCCAUCCACUCUGACCACAGCCAGGGGCCACAUCCCACUGCCUGCCCAGCGUCCAUCCAUGGAGGUGACCACCAUGUCCCCAUCUCCCGCCUCACCCACUGAAGGGGACGAUCUCUGUGAGACAGAUGUCACUGAUGUGGCCCUAGACAGUGUGACCCUGCUCAUCAGCCUCUGUGGGCUGGUUGGGAAUGGGGCUGUGCUCUGCCUUCUCCAAAGGAAUCCCACCACCUUUUACAUCAUCAACCUGGCCUUUGCCAACUUCAUCUUUGUCUACUUCAUGGUCCCCUCCUGCCUGCUCUACCUGAAGGAGGAAUUGUCCUGCUCCACUAUCCUGCCCCUGGAUUUCCUGAAGGCGCUUUUCCCGCUCCUGCUGUUCUCCUACAACCUGGGGCUGUACUUGCUGACAGCCAUCAGCAUUAACAGGUGCACAUCCAUCCUCUGCCCGCUCUGGUACCGCUGCCGCCGUCCCCAGCGCCUCUCCUGGGCGGUGUGUGCCCUGCUCUGGGCACUCUCCAUCGCUGUCAUUGUCACGGUGACUUCCCUGUGCCACUCACAGGAGCACGAGCGCUGCCAGGCGUCUCUCACCUCCAUGUACGCCCUCAACCUCUUCCUCUUUGCCCCAGCUAUGCUCAUUUCCAGCACAAUCCUCUUCAUUAAGGCCAAGUUUCGCUCCCAGCAGCAGCAACACAAGAGACUCAACACUGUUAAUUUCCUCCUUGUGCCCUCCUUCCUCCUCUUUGCUCUCCCCCUCAGCCUCUGCAAUUUCCUGCAGCAGCUUGGCUACACCGUUGUAUCCUCUCAGGUUGUUUUCCUGCUCCACUGCAUCCACAGCUCCAUCAACCCCAUCAUCCUCUUCUUGGCAGGGAGGUGCUGGAGGCCCUGCUCCCUGAGGUCCCUCCAGCUCUCCCUCCAGAGGAUCUUUGAGCAGGAAGAAGAUAACACUGCCCACAGCAAUGAUGCUGCCUUGGACACAGCCACCCCGGCCUGUUGAUCCCUUCCCCUGCUCUGCUGAAGGACCCUGCCAGAGUGGCUCAGGCUUUCCUUGAGCCACCUGAUCAAGAAAUACCCACAGGAUGCCCCUCCCUGUGGUGCUGGAUUCCUGCAGGAGAAGGCAGCAGGGGCAGUGCCAAGAGCCAUGUGGGAGCGAUGCUCUGCAGGGAGCACAUUUCGUCCUCUCUCCCACCUCCUAGAACUCUAUUCCCAAAAACGGAUCAUCCCCCACACAGCUGUGAUCCCCAAAAUCCCCCUGGCACCCCACUGCAGUCUGAUAUCAAUAAACAGCUUUGUUAGCACUUCCUGGCC